AUGGGGGUUUGCUUGGCAUCAUUGAUGGUGCGACGAAGUCGCAUAAGCGAGGUGCCUGAUCGCUACAUUGAGGAGCGGCGUCGCUAUGGACCUGUGGCUGUGGCGUGCGCACCGCCGGAGGACGACGUCUCCUCCGCAGUGUAUCGUGCCGCAGGCAUUACAGACGAGGAGCACAGACGGAUUUGCAAGGAAUGGUACGAGGGUGAAAACAUAGUGCAGCGGUUGGAAGAAAUUUGCGCAGAGAGGAGUGAUCGCCGCGCGCUUGCAUACCGCACAGUUCAGAAGGUUGAAACGGAGAAGAAAACGGACUCUAAGGGGCACACACGAGACUGGGAAGUGACGUACCUCAAUGAUCCCACUUACAUGACAUACAAUGAACUCUGGAGCAGGCUUAUUGCCUUUGGAAAGGGACUUAGAGAGUUGGGGCUUGCGGAAGGCGCGGCUGUCGCCAUUGCUGAAGAUGUACGCUGGGAAUGGCUUGCGUCAGUGCUCGCCGGAUGGACACAGGGACUGAUCAGUGUGACUGUAUACGCAAACCUUGGUGAGGCCGCUUUACUGCAUGCUCUCAAGGAGGCUGAAUGUCCGGCUUUGAUAUGUAAUGGAAAUGCCGUUAAAAAGUUGGUGCCUCUUUUGCACAAAGCAAAACUGGAUAACACCAUGGUGAUUUAUCUUGAUGCGCUUCCUGCCGGCGUUGACGCCGAGGGUAUGAUGCUUCUGUCAUGGACUGAUGUGCUGCAAAAGGGUCUCCAGAGUUGCUUUUCAUACACUAUACCGAGUGACUGUAAUCGCACAGCUCUCAUCAUGUACACGAGCGGCACCGUAGCAGAACCAAAGGGCGUUAUUCAUACCUUUGGUUCACUUAAAACCGGUGCAGCCGCUCUUGGAGAUCGUCUGACGGAGUUGUUGGGCCCAAAGGAGGAAGGGGAGACAUAUCUUGCCUACUUGCCCCUAGCCCAUAUUUUGGAGUUUAUUACCGAAAUUAUUAUGCUCAAUCGUGGAUCCCUCUUGUGUUACGGUUCCCCCCGCACCCUUAGUGACAUGAGCGCACGACCACGUGGGGAUUUAGCGGAAUUUAGGCCCAUGAUGUUUGUUGGCGUCCCACGUAUUUUUGAGACCAUACGAAAGAACGUAGAGAGUCAACUCCCACCAGUGGGUAGUGUAAAACGCUCUAUUUUUGACGCGGCAUAUGCCGCGCGACUACGGGCGAUAGAGGAUGGGAAAGACACUCCCUUUUUGAAUGAAAAGGUGUUUAGUGUCCCACGGGCCAUGUUUGGUGGUAAACUGCGGGGUAUCGUCUGCGGCGGUGCCCCACUUGGUAGCAAGACGCAGGCGUUUAUGAACGUUGUGUUCGGCGUUCCCAUGGCCCAGGGCUAUGGCUUGACUGAGACGUGUUGCAACGGGUCGAUACAGCGGACAGGGGAGUUGCACCCUGCCGCAGGUCAGUUAUUAAAGGGUGUUGAAGCGAAACUGUGCGACACGGAAGAGUACAAGCACACGGAUACGCCUUAUCCACGUGGUGCGCUUUUACUACGGGGCCCAGCUCUUUUUAAGGGCUACCUGAAGCAGGAGGAGGCGACAAGUGAGGUGUUUACAAAAAAAGGCGGCUGGUUUCAUACGGGUGACGUGGUGGAGAUGGAUGACAGCGGGUGUCUUCGUAUUAUUGGCCGUGUGAAGGCGCUGGCAAAGAACCUGUUGGGGGAGUACAUUGCCAUUGAGUUCCUUGAAGCCUUGUAUGGGCAGCAUGAGUUGGUGUCUCCGAACGGCGUCUGUGUGCUUGUCCAUCCACAGCGUGCGUACAUCUGCGCCCUUGUCUUGACGGAGCAGCCGAAGGCAAUGAAUUUCGCUUCUGUUCACAAAAUCCCUGGCAAUUGGCCGGAGAUCUUGCAGGAGCCGUUGUUUCAUCAACGUGCAGCGGAGGCACUUACGGCGCUGGCGAAGGCGGAGGGACGACGCCCCUUUGAGCUGCUGCGACAUGUGCGGGUGCUGAACGACGAGUGGACGCCGGAGAACGGAAUAAUGACAGCGUCCAUGAAGAUACGUCGCUCUGCCGUUGAUAAGCGUUACGCGGAUUACAUUGAGCAGCUCUUUGAGGACGAGUGA